GGUCGAAGCGUGUCUGUGUGUUCGUGCGGGCUGGAAGCAGGCGGAUCUCGGAUGCGUCUCGAAGCUCUUAAUCAAGAUUUUGUCGUUUAGCGGUGCCGUGCGAGGAGCCCUGGCUGCAUCAGCAUUCUGGAUAUACAACCCUGCAUCCGUGGAUACUGACACGCACACUAACACAGAGAAUCUGAACAUCCGGUGUUUUUUCCGCUCUGGGAUCGCGCACGGAGGAGAUAUCAAGUCGGGAAUGUGGAACCAGAAGGGGAGGAGUCAACAGCACGACUCCCUGUGAACCCGCCUCCAUCCUAAAAGAGCCGAGAAGCAUUUACUGCCCGUAACCGGUAGGAUGGUAGCAGGGGAAGUGAGUGGGCACAGCUUCCUGGUGGCAUGCUGGCAGCCCAUUCUGAUCUUGAUGCUGGGCACGGUGCUGUCCGGCUCCGCCACAGGCUGUCCGUCACGCUGUGAGUGCAACGCUCAGGAGCGCGCCGUCAUGUGCCACCGCAAGAAGCUGAUAUCCGUUCCAGAGGGGAUCCCGCUGGAAACCAGACACCUGGACCUAAGCAAGAAUCGGAUCAAAACCAUCAACCCGGACGAGUUUUCUGCCUUCCCGAACCUGGAAGUGUUGGAGCUCAACGAAAACACCAUCUCGUCCAUCGAGCCAGGCGCUUUUAACAACCUCUACGGCCUGCGGGCUCUGGGACUUCGCAGUAAUAAACUAAAGCUCAUUCAGCUGGGAGUGUUCACAGGGAUCAGUAACCUAACAAAUCUGGAUAUCAGUGAAAAUAAAAUCGUCAUUCUCUUGGACUACAUGUUCCAGGACCUGUAUAACCUGCGUUCUCUGGAGGUGGGAGAUAAUGAUCUGGUCUUCAUAUCCCAUCGGGCAUUUCACGGCCUCAGUAGCCUCGAGCAGCUCACUCUAGAAAAGUGCAACCUGAUCUGUCCGACGGAGGCGUUUACGCACCUCCACAGCUUGGUCACGUUGCGUUUACGUAACCUCAACAUCAACAGCAUCAGAGACUACAGUUUCAAACGGCUGUACCGCCUCAAGGUGUUGGAGAUCGCCAACUGGCCCUACCUGGACACCAUGACCACCAACUGCUUGUACGGAUUGAACCUUACGUCCCUGACGAUCACCAACGCCAACCUGACGACGAUUCCGUACUUGGCUUUGCGGCAUCUGGUGUAUCUUCGGUUCCUCAACAUGUCCUACAAUCCCAUCCAGAUUAUUGAAGGGAACCGGCUUCAUGACCUUCUCCGGUUGCAGGAGUUCCACCUGGUGGGUGGUCGGCUGCUGAUGAUAGAGCCCUACUCCUUCAGAGGCCUCAACUACCUCAAAAUCCUCAACGUGUCCAGCAACUCCCUGACCACCCUGGAGGAGUCGGUAUUCCAUUCGGUGGGCAACCUGGAGACCCUCGCGUUGCAUGAUAACCUGCUGGCUUGCGAUUGUCGUCUCCUCUGGGUUUUCCGACGCCGGUGGAGGCUCAAUUUCAACCGUCAGCAGCCCACCUGCGCCUCGCCGGAGUUCGUUCAGGGUAAAGAGUUUAAAGACUUCCCUGAUGUCCUUCAACCCAAUUAUUUUACUUGUCGCAAGUCGAGGAUUCGAGACCGCAAGCAGCAGAAAAAGUUCAUCGACGAGGGCACCACCGUCCACUUCGUGUGCCAGGCGGACGGAGACCCGACGCCCGUCAUUAUGUGGCUGUCCCCACAGAAACAGUUCAUCACCACCAAAACGAUAGGACGGCUGACGGUUUUCCCAGACGGGACGCUGGAAGUGCGCUACGCUCAGAUUCAAGACAACGGCACAUACGUGUGCAUCGCUAGCAAUGCGGGUGGAAACGACACUGCUUUGGCCCACCUCAACGUUCAUAGUUACUCCCCGGACUGGCCUAGUCAACCUAACAAAACCUUGGCAUUCAUCUCCAACCAACCUAACGAAAACGGAGCCAAUGGAACGAAAGCGAUGGUCCCGUUUCCGUUUGAUAUAAAGACGCUAAUCAUCGCCACCACCAUGGGUUUCAUCUCCUUCCUGGGCGUGGUUCUGUUCUGCCUAGUUUUGCUUUUUCUGUGGAGCAGAGGCAAAGGGAACAGCAAACACAACAUUGAGAUCGAGUACGUGCCGCGCAAGUCGGACGCUGGGAUGAGCAGCAGCGGUGCCGACGCCCCUCGGAAAUUUAACAUGAAAAUGAUAUAACCGAGCCCGGGAGCUCAAAAGACCCUUUUAACGACAGACUCAUGAAGACAAAAACGAGAUUCCCUGCCUGAACGACCUCCCCAAAGAGGAGACGUGUUUUACCCUCUUUUAACUUUAAAGACGGAUGUAAGGCACACGGGUUGCUCUUUUUGUUCGGCGGUAAACGUGAGCGGGGAGGAAAAUUCUCCUCGCGUGCGAUGGCCGCUUUAAUUCAGCCUACGGGACCAAUAUCUCCUCAAAAGGAUAUGUUUUAAAACACUGUUCCUGUGGAUUUCUAUAUGGGCAAAAAUAUGAAACAAAAUGUUUUGUGUCGACCUCCAGAAUGCAAAGGCAGAGCAUCCUUCUCCCUGCUGCCUGCAUCCUUUUCGUUUGUUUGUUAUUUGUUUAACCCAUUCGUUUUUACUAAAAAGAAUAGUUUUGACAGAGAAGAAGAAUCAGGGGUGAAAUGCACAUUAACAAAACUAACAGUUGCCCAAAUACGUCUUAUUCUGUGAAAAAUAAUAGAUAUGUUUGAUCUGUUGAAUGCCAUUCCAGCCAUAUAAUUCUAGAAAAGCUUUCUUCGUUUCUUUCUUUUGUAUCUGUACUCUGGUUUUUAUUUUGCUUUGGCAUCCGUGUUGUAGAUGUAUUUGUUGGCUAAAUCAAGAAAAUGCAUUAGAGGAGCAACGAAGCAUCUGUAGUGACACCUGGAUGAACAAGCACAGGUUGUUUAAUGUUGGAUUAAUGACAAAGGAAGCGAAAACAGCGUGAAUAAAAAAUUUGUGUUUUGUUGGGAACGACCCACAACGAGCCUUCUGCCUGGUCACGUUUGACCCCUACAAUGCAUCGCCAGGUUCUUAAAGAACCCAUCAAUUCUUCUGUUAAACCUUUGAAAGCCCCAAAACGAAUGCUGAAGAUGUGUAGCUGGGCUCGAGAGUGCGAGUUUCUGACAGACUCAAUCAUUUCAUGAAAAGAGGAGAGUGUUAAUGUGCUUGACAGCCCUCAAUGACCCCCAGUGGCCGCCGCUGCUGGAUCUCACACCUGUCUGUGGUGCUUAGAUCUGUCUCGCUGUUUUUAGAUCUGUCCGAUGGGUCUUACACUUGUCUCGUGGUCUCAGAUCUGUCGUUUGGGUCUUAUGCUUGUCUUAUGGUCUCAGACCCGUCUCGUGGUCUCAGAUCUCCUCGUUGGUGCCCAAAGAAACUCGUUCUCAUUAUCGCAUCAUUUCAAAGUUCUCUAGUACUUCUAAGGAGGCAAAUGGUGCUGAUUUAUGAUGACAGAUGAAAGCUGGCACACUCAGGGUGAAUUCACUAAGAAUGAGUUGCAGUCAUUUCCAGCAGUUUUUAUAUGCACAUACAGAAUAUCGCUUUGUCUGGCAUACUUAGACAUGUGGACACUUUCGUACAGGUUCCAGAUGGCUGCACACUGCAAAAAAAUCAUAUUAAGCAUUUUCUCUUGUUUUGUAGUAUAAUUAUCUUAACAUUCUCAUAUUCAUGUUUGAAACAAGCAAAAAAUGUUAGAUUCUGUACUAGAAAAAUGCAACAAAAAGUGCAUUGCAUCCACAUUGAUGUUUGUGGGAGUGACAACUGCAUUUAAAUAUGGAGGUAAAUCCCUUUAAAUAAUAUUUUGUGUGUUUGCACUUAUUCAUUAAAAAAAAAUGUUGUUAAAUAAAUGUGGUUGCCACUACUCAUUUUUGGAUGUGAAUAUGUGGACUAUGACAUGACCGAUCCAGAAAACGUGACAUUGGCUUUGUUUGGGAAAAACAUGACCAGCUUUAUGAUUAUUUUUUGCAUUUUAUUCUAUUUGAAUAUUCAAGUUCCAGAAAAAAACUGUGUCUCCAAAAGUCCUGAACUGGAUUUAAUGAGACCUGUUUUUCGAUUUCUGCAUGUCAUAAAUUGGCAUAAAAGCUAUUCAAAGUGAUUGUGGUUGUCACUUCUGAAAAAAAACAAUUUAUUUGAAUUCAGCAACAAAAGUGACUCUUGUAGUAACUACAGUUUGCAUGUGGCCAGUACGCUAUUUAAAGGAAUAGUUCACCCAAAAAUUGAAAUUCGGUCAUUGGUUACUCUAGUUGUUCCAAUUGUGAUGAACACAGAGAAAUAUGUUUGGACAAAUUCUUGUAACCAAAAAGUUCUUGGACCCCAUUGACUACCAUAGUUGAAAAAAAGUAGUUAUUUUUCCUAACAUGGGAGUCAAUGGGGUCCAAGAACUGUUUGGUUAUAAUCAUUCUUCCAAAUAUCUUUCUCUGUAUUCAUCAGAACAAAGAAAUGUAUACCGAUUUGGAACAACUUAAAGCGAGUACAUGAUUGAGUAAGAAAUCCUUUCCAAAUGCUUUAAAAAAACAAAAUUUUAAAUAAAUAAAAUUUUAUUUAUAAAGCUUACAGAAAUAUGCAUUGAACAACAUUGGUUUGAACUGGUUUGCAGGUGGUUGGUGUAAGACUCAGGUUGAAAUGUUAGUGAAAUGUCGCAUGCAAAACGCGGCAACUGUUUAGUGAAUUCACCCUGCUGUAUUUCAAUGCAGCUAAUCUGACCCAUAAGAAGCAGGUGAUAUCUUUGGGACACCGAGCUGUAUUUGUGCACUUGAUUUUUUUAGAUCGGUUUCACCGCAUUAAGCGGUUUGUACCGUUGACUGAAGCUGCGGAUUGAGAACUGCACAGAUGGUUUAACCCUUACUGCUCCACCUUUAGAGAUAUUCUGUAACACAUCCACACAUGCUCCUGAAUCUCUCCGAUCCUCUGCCUCUGUUCUCUACCUGCUGUUUCUAUACCAUUAUGUCAAAAAAAAAGAUCUGACCUUUGCCCUUUCCAACAUUCAGCCCAGGAUGAUAUGUGCAUUAAUGUGGUCCAUAAUAUUCUUUUAUACUGGAAAAAAAAGAUCUAAAAAGGCGAAAAAAAUCUACUAUGGAAAAUGUUUAAAUUGUUCUGUGCAAUAAAGGUAAUAUGCAUUUUCUUUUCGUUUUUUUAAUUAACACAAUUUUAUUGAUGUUGAAUUGUUGAAAAUAUGGUAUGUUGUAUUAAACGAUC